AUGACGAACAUUCGACAAGCUAAGAAGAACCGGUCUUCGUUACCCAAGGCCAAGCCUAAGAGGAGUGGUGUCCUCAAGAGUGGGCGCAAGAAGGUCAAUGUGCUGGGCAAUUCCAUCAUUGCUGAGAACUGGGACCGCAAGCUGACCCUUACCCAAAACUACCGCCGCCUGGGUCUGGUGCACCGUCUGAACGCCCCGUCCGGUGGCAGCGAGCGCCGCGGCACAACCGCAGAAGGCUACGAGGAACAACCCGACGACCCUCUCCACAUUAAGAGCAGCGCAAAAGCCACAACUAAGCAAUUGGGACUUGGUGAGAUUAAGGUUGAGCGCGACCCCGAAACCGGCAAGAUUAUCCGUGUGAUUCGCCCCGACGACGAGAUCGAAGUCGCCGGCCGCAAGCACAAGAUUUCCAACCCGCUUAACGACCCGCUGAAUGAUUUGUCUGAUGACGAGGGCCGGGUAACAGAGUCUGCGAAGCGGAAUGAUGGUUCUGUGAUUGUGCAGAUGCUUGAGCGCCAGGCGGUGCAGGAGGGCAAGGCGGUUGAAAGCAAGAAGCCAAGGCACUUGAGCAAGCGGGAAGAAGAGUGGGCAUCGCGGUUGAUCGAGAGACAUGGAGAUGACUAUAGCGCUAUGGCGCGCGAUAUGAAGCUGAACCCUAUGCAGCAAACUGCGGGCGAUUUGAAACGGCGGAUUCGCAAGUUCAAGGAAAGCCAGGCGUAA